UCUGUCACCGGAGCUGUCCUCAAGAUGCUACUUCUGUUAUCUACUCAAAAUUGGAACAGAGUCGAAGCCGGGAAUUCCUAUGAUUGUGAUGAUCCUCUUGUGUCUGCCUUGCCUCAGACAUCCUUCAGCAGUUCCUCUGAGCUCUCUAGCAGUCAUGGUCCUGGAUUUGCAAGACUAAAUAGAAGAGACGGAGCUGGUGGCUGGUCUCCACUUGUGUCUAACAAAUACCAGUGGUUGCAGAUUGACCUUGGAGAGAGAAUGGAGGUUACCGCUGUGGCCACUCAAGGGGGAUAUGGGAGCUCCAACUGGGUGACCAGCUACCUCCUGAUGUUCAGUGAUAGUGGCUGGAACUGGAAACAGUAUCGCCAAGAGGACAGCAUCUGGGGUUUUUCAGGAAAUGCAAAUGCAGACAGUGUUGUGUACUAUAGACUCCAGCCUUCUAUCAAAGCCAGAUUUCUGCGCUUCAUCCCUUUAGAAUGGAACCCCAAGGGCAGAAUUGGAAUGCGAAUCGAAGUGUUUGGAUGUGCAUACAGAUCAGAAGUGGUUGAUCUUGAUGGAAAAAGUUUCCUUCUCUACAGAUUUGAUCAAAAAUCCCUGAGCCCCAUAAAAGAUAUUAUUUCUUUGAAAUUCAAAAGCAUGCAGAGUGAUGGGGUUCUACUCCACAGGGAAGGGCCAAAUGGAGAUCACAUCACACUUCAAUUAAGAAAAGGAAGACUCUUUUUACUUAUUAAUUCAGGUGAAGCUAAACUGCCUUCCACUUCCACCCUGGUCAAUCUCACCCUGGGCAGCCUGCUGGAUGAUCAGCAUUGGCAUUCAGUGCUCAUCCAGCGUUUGGGCCAACUAAUCAACUUUACGGUAGAUGAACACAGGCAUCAUUUCCAUGCACAAGGAGAAUUCAGUUUCCUGAAUCUUGAUGAUGAGAUCAGCUUCGGAGGGAUUCCAGCAGCUGGAAAAUCAGUGUCAUUCCCACAGAGAAAUUUUCAUGGAUGCUUAGAAAAUCUCUAUUAUAAUGGAGUGAAUAUCAUUGAUUCGGCCAAGCAACAAAAACCACAGAUCAUUGCUAUGGGAAAUGUGUCAUUUUCUUGUUCACAACCACAAUCUAUGCCCGUGACUUUUCUGAGCUCCAGGAGUUAUUUAGCACUGCCAGACUUCUCUGGAGAGGAAGAGGUUUCUGCCACUUUUCAAUUUCGAACUUGGAAUAAGGCAGGGCUUCUGCUAUUCAGUGAACUUCAGCUGGUUUCAGGGGGUAUCCUUCUCCUUCUGAGUGAUGGAAAACUUAAGCUGAAUCUCUACCAGCCAGGAAAAUUACCCAGUGACAUCACAGCAGGUGUCGGAUUAAAUGAUGGGCAGUGGCAUUCUGUCUCUUUAUCUGCUAAAAAGAAUCACUUGAGUGUGGCGGUGGAUGGCCAUAUGGUUUCUGCUACUCCUCUGCUGGGGCCUGAGCAGAUUUAUUCAGGUGGCACCUAUUAUUUUGGAGGUUGUCCUGACAAAAGCUUUGGAUCCAAAUGUAGAAGUCCACUUGGUGGAUUUCAGGGAUGUAUGAGGCUCAUUUCUAUCAGCGGCAAAGUGGUAGAUCUGAUUUUAAUUCAGCAGGGGUCCCUUGGGAACUUCAGCGACCUUCAGAUAGACUCAUGUGGCAUCUCAGACAGGUGUUUGCCCAACUAUUGUGAACACGGUGGGGAGUGUUCCCAGUCUUGGAGCACCUUCCAUUGUAACUGUACCGACACUGGUUACAGAGGAGCUACUUGCCAUAACUCUAUCUAUGAGCAGUCAUGUGAAGCCUAUAAGCACAGAGGAAAUGCUUCAGGGUUUUACUAUAUAGAUUCAGAUGGAAGUGGUCCCCUGGAACCAUUUCUUCUAUAUUGCAAUAUGACCGAAACCGCAUGGACCAUCAUACAGCACAACGGCUCUGACUUAACAAGAGUCAGAAACACUCAUCCAGAGAACCCGUAUGCUGGGUUUUUCGAGUAUGUGGCCAGCAUGGAGCAACUCCAGGCCACUAUUAACCGUGCGGAACACUGUGAACAGGAGCUUACUUACUACUGCAAGAAGUCACGGCUCGUCAAUAAGCAAGAUGGAACCCCUCUGAGCUGGUGGAUAGGAAGGACCAAUGAAACACAAACCUACUGGGGAGGUUCCUCGCCUGAUCUUCAAAAAUGUACUUGUGGAUUAGAGGGAAACUGCAUUGAUUCUCAGUAUUACUGCAAUUGUGAUGCUGACUGGAAUGAAUGGACCAAUGACACUGGAUUGCUUUCUUAUAAAGAACAUCUUCCAGUAACUAAGAUUGUCAUCACAGACACAGGCCGACCGCAUUCAGAAGCUGCUUAUAAACUGGGGCCUCUACUCUGCAGAGGAGACAGAUCAUUUUGGAAUUCAGCUUCCUCUGAUACUGAGGCUUCAUAUCUUCAUUUUCCUACUUUUCACGGAGAACUUAGCGCUGAUGUGUCUUUCUUUUUUAAGACAACAGCUCCAUCUGGGGUAUUUUUAGAGAACUUGGAGAUUACUGAUUUUAUACGAAUAGAGCUUCGCUCUCCAACAGUAGUGACUUUUUCAUUUGAUGUGGGGAAUGGGCCUUUUGAAAUCUCAGUGCAGUCACCCACCCACUUCAACGACAACCAGUGGCACCAUGUGAGAGUUGAAAGGAACAUGAAGGAGGCAUCCAUUCAAGUGGAUCAGCUCACACCAGAGACACAGCCCGCCCCAGCAGAUGGCCACGUCCUCUUACAGCUCAACAGUCAACUCUUUGUGGGUGGAACGGCCACCAGACAGAGAGGCUUUCUGGGCUGCAUUCGGUCUCUGCAGUUGAACGGGAUGUCCCUGGAUUUGGAAGAAAGAGCCCAGGUGACUCCAGAAGUGCAGCCAGGUUGUAGGGGACAUUGCAGCAGCUAUGGGAAGUUAUGCCGCAAUGGAGGGAAGUGCAGAGAAAGGCCCAUUGGGUUCUUUUGUGACUGCACUUUCUCUGCAUACACAGGGCCAUUCUGCUCAAAUGAGAUUUCUGCAUAUUUUGGAUCUGGCUCAUCCGUGAUCUACAAUUUUCAAGAAAAUUAUCUUUUAAGUAAAAACUCCAGCUCCCAUGCUGCUUCAUUUCAUGGUGAUAUGAAGCUGAGCUGAGAAAUGAUCAAAUUUAGUUUCCGAACGACACGAACACCAAGCUUGCUGCUUUUUGUGAGCUCCUUUUACAAAGAAUACCUUUCCAUUAUCAUUGCCAAAAAUGGAAGUUUACAGAUCAGAUACAAGCUAAAUAGAUCUCAAGAGCCUGAUGUUGUUAACUUUGAUUUUAAAAACAUGGCUGAUGGACAACUUCACCAUAUAAUGAUUAACAGAGAAGAAGGAGUGGUCUUUAUAGAGAUUGACGAUAAUACAAGGGGAGAAGUUCACCUGGCAUCAGGCACAGAAUUCAGUGCAGUCAAAUCUCUGGUCCUGGGCAGGAUUUUAG